GCUGUAUCACUAAACACACAACUAGCUGUAGAAGUACUGGACUUUGUGUUCAAUCUGGACUGUUGAAGAAACAGUGUUGGUACUCUUGGACUGGACAGGGCUGACAUCAACACAUUAUUGAAGACAACAAUACACUGGUACAGGAUUUGACUGGUUUGAGUCUUAAUGAACUUUUCAUUGGAAAGGAUAAAAAUCAUUUGAAGGUUUAUUUCUUGGGGCAGCUCUUAUUUAAUAUCUACAUACUCCCACCAGCUUGGAUUAUAAGGAGUAGUAAGAUUAGUCAUAGCUAUGCAGAUACUACACAGAUCUACAUCACAAUGUCACAAACUGACUAUGAACCCAAUCAACCACUGAACAGAUGCCUGGAACAAAUCAAAACUUGGAUGUGCCAUAAUUUUCUUCAGCUGAACAGAAAUUAAACUUCAGUAAGAGUUUUUAGAGAAAAACGAGGGUCAGCACAAAGGUUUCGUUCAGGUCAGUCCUCAAAGGCAUCCUGCAUGUUUUGGUUCUCUUCCUGGUUCAACACCUGGAUCAAAUGGCUUGUUUAGCAGAACUAAAUCAUGCAGGUUAUCAUAUCGGCCCUUGAGGAAUGACUUUUUGGACACCACAGGCUAUAACUAGAAAAUAACUUUAAAGAAACUAUAAGGCAGAAGUAAAAUGUGCAACCCACAGGUUAGAGUCCUGGUCUGAUGUCUUUUGCCGCAUGUCUUCCCUCUUUCACAACCCACUUUCCUGUUGGAACACUCAAAUAAAUGCCUCUAGAGCUGGAAAAAAACCUUAAAAAUUAGUCAUAGCUAUAAACUAGUGAUCAAAUCUGGGAGCGUGUUGAACAGAAUUUCUAGGUGUAGCCGAGAUGUUGAGGGGAACCAGUUUGGUAGCCUCUAAUCAAACCGGUUCACGUCUCAUCCAGUGAUGAUCUACAGUUUUUGCUGGAACAAUUCACAGCCGGGAGGAAGAUCAAUGCCUCCAAAUCCGAGGUCCUGGUUUUGAGCCAGAGAAGGGUUUAGUUCCUUCUGUGUCAAGAUGUGAGGUGUUCUGGGUACCAUAAUGAGACCCAGAGGAAGACCCAGGACACACUGGAGGGAGUAUGGGAACAUCCUGGGAUUCCACCGCAGGACCUGGAACAAGUGGCAGGGGACAGGGAAGUCUGGGCCUCCCUACCCUAUCCUGGAUCAGCGGAAGACAGAGGUUAGACUAAUUCUUUUUCUUGCUAACAUCAUGUUCUUUUGAGGUACUCUGUCUUGAGAACCAGCAGAGAAGACCCCAAAAGACACUUAGAAGUAACAAUUUAAAAAGAAAUGCACUUUCCCCCCAAACACCCUCAAAAAAGUAAAAAACAUCACCUAGAUGUGCUGUUUUUUGCUCAUUCAGGCACUUUCCUCUUAGUGUACUCAUCGUGGGAACAGGCAGCCUGUUUUCAAGGCAAUGCCUCUCUUAUCACCAACUACACAAAUGUAUAUUCACAAGUGUGUAAAUAUAUGAUGGUAUAUAAGUAGGAGAUUCAGGGGGAUACAGGUGUUUAUGCUGUAUUUUACAGGUUGGUAACAUGGUGGUGGUGUUGAAAGUCAUCGUGGUCCUGGUGGUGGGUUUCACUUUUUGCUGGGCAGAGGAGCAGAAGGAGCUGUCUGUGUCUGAGCUCCUGUGGAGAGCCAACAAGGAUGUUGUGCACACGGAGGAUGAGCCCCUGGUAAUAGAUGAUAUUGCCUACAACAAUGAGAAUGAGAGGAACGCAGAUCAGUGCACCUCACGCGGCUGCCUGUGGCCCAAAUCUGCAGAUGGAAAAGUUUACAUCCCUUAUGUCAUCGCCAACCACUACACUUCCCGGGAGCUCUCCAUCAUUGAGCGAGGCCUGGAGUCCUUCAGUGACGUUUCUUGUAUCCGUUUCACCAGGCGGAGCAGCGAGAGAGAUUAUCUGAGCAUCCAGUCGCACAACGGCUGUUACUCGUACGUUGGCCGGCUUGGUUACGGCCAGACGCUGUCUCUGGACCGGGCCGGCUGCAUCUACCACAGCACCGUCCAGCACGAGCUGCUCCACGCCCUCGGCUUCAACCAUGAGCAGUGCCGCUCCGACAGGGACCAGUACAUCAAAAUCCUCUGGGAGAACAUCCAGUCUGGUUUGGCGUACGCCUUUGACAAGCUUGACACUCUGAACUUAAACACCCCGUAUGACUACAACUCUGUCAUGCAGUACCACAGGUAUGCGUUCUCUGCAAACAAUCAGCCCACUAUGGUUCCCAUUCCCGAUUCAAACGUUUCUUUUGGAACGGCUACUGAGAUGAGCAAGAAUGACAUCACCAGACUGAACAGACUGUACAACUGUUAGACAAUGAUUUCUGCUGGGAACCAUCCGUYAUCUUUCAUGUCUCAUCAGUUUGAUUUGUCAAGAUAUUUUCUUAAGAGUCUCAAAUAAACUUUAAUAUGCACCCAG